GGAGGAGGUGUUUGCAUUUCUCCGCAGGACCAGCUCGCUUUGCAGAGCAUUGUCUGGGUAUGAGAAUCACACAGACACACACACACACAUACAGAAAUACCGGGGCGAGCACACCACAGCCUUGACUUGCAUGCAGAGCAUCUGAUCCAGCCUGAAUCCCCUUCUCCUCCUUUGCUCCAACCCCCACUUCCCAAGCUAGAAUAACCCCCCUUAAAAAUAAAAAUAUAAAUAAGAAAGGGGAAAAAAAAAACAAAACAGACACCAGGAAAAAAAAAAAAAAGUUUGCAACAAAUCUCCUCCCUCCCCCCUCUUUGCCUUUUUUUUUUUUGGAUUUAGCGAUGGCAAAUUCCUUCACGGCCAGGACCUGGCCCAUCCCCUGAGCAAAGGCAGCCUGGACAUGACCGGCAGGCGAGGGAGGAGGAAUUUGGAUUCCCUUCGGAGGCGCCGACCCCUCCUCCGGCCGGUAGGAGCGAGGCGGGGGGAGCCCGGCUCCGGCCGCUCAGUGUCCCCGCGGGCAGCCGGGGCUGGUCCCCUCCGUGUCCCCCCGCCGCUGGCUCCGAGCCCGCCGGCACCCGCCCCGCCCCGGCACCCGGCGGGGAUGCAGCAUCUCCAGCACCGGGACGGAUCCCUGCUGCAAUGGUCCUGGGAAUACUUCUUUUGGGGGGAAAUGAACGCAGGCUUUCAGCCUCCAGAUACAACUGCAGGCUCCGAGGAUGUGUCCGCGAGAUAGAUUUGUUGCUUGUCGAACAGAUAAAGCUCCCUUUGCGUGUGGUGACAGGUUAACGUGCUUGGUAUGGGAAUCACGUCUGAUUUUAACACAAUAUGGCUGGUAAAUAAAACCUGAUUGCUAACAGACACGGUGCUGCUGUUGGCAUUUUUGAGCUCUAGGCUACCUUUGCAGUUCUGCAUCUUCACCUGCCGCAGAAACUCUGAUUCACCCUUCAAGCAGUGCACCAGGACUCCUCUAUUUUUCUGUGGGGCAGUAGUAGAAAUUGCUGUUAAUGUGCCUUUGACCUCUGCUUGCAUGCCUCUGGGCACUUCUUAUCAGUAUUUGAACAGCUGGCUCUAAUAAUACCAUCUUUAUGCAGAGCACAUCCUAAGUCAGAGGGAUAGCACGCAGGACAGACUUUUUGCCGCUAUGCUGUGGUUUUAACGUGUGAACGGUUCAGAAAUUUGAGCCUUGAUGUGAAGACAUUGACAAUAACAUCUGCAGAGAGUGUGUGCUUCAUCCCCAGUAACAGUGUUAAAAAAAGAAAAUCUUGAAUAAAGAUCAAAAUUGAGAGACAAGAUGGCCAUCAACUGGAAGACCUGCUUCUUCACUCUCGUAUUGCUUCCCAUGGUUACAGCAACACAUUCCAACUGCAUUAUUAAAAAGGAGCAAGAAACCUGUCUGGAGAAGAUACGGAGGGCAGCUGCCCUGAACCCUCUUAAUGACUCUUCUCCAGGUUGCCCAGGAAUGUGGGACAAUAUUACAUGCUGGAAACCUGCAAGUGUGGGUGAAAUUGUCUUUGUCAAGUGUCCUGCAUUGUUCAGAUUUAUCAUCUCUGAAGACGGUUGGGAAGUAGAUAACUUGGGCCAAGCUCAUACAGGUGAUUAUGACCUGCUGGAAAGUACGGCCCAGUCUCCCCUAGGGGACAUCAGCAGAAAUUGCACUGAAGAUGGCUGGUCUGAACCUUUUCCUCAUUAUUAUGAUGCCUGCGGCUUUGAUGAAAAUGAAACAGAGUCUGAUAAUCAGGAUUACUACUAUCUAUCUGUGAAGGCUCUAUACACGGUUGGAUACAGCACUUCUCUUGUUUCCCUCACCACUGCCAUGGUUAUCCUGUGUCGUUUCAGGAAGCUUCACUGCACUCGAAAUUUUAUCCACAUGAAUCUCUUUGUUUCAUUCAUCCUACGUGCGAUAUCUGUAUUCAUUAAAGAUGGGGUUCUUUAUGCUGAACAAGACGGCAAUCAUUGUUUCAUCUCAACUGUGGAAUGCAAAGCGGUGAUGGUGUUUUUUCACUACUGUGUCAUGUCCAACUAUUUCUGGCUUUUCAUUGAGGGAUUGUACCUUUUCACUUUGUUGGUAGAAACCUUUUUCCCAGAGAGGAGAUAUUUCUACUGGUACACUAUUAUUGGCUGGGGCACCCCAACAAUUUGUGUCACUGUCUGGGCAGUGCUGAGACUUCACUUUGAUGAUACUGGCUGUUGGGACAUGAAUGACAACACGGCCUUGUGGUGGGUGAUCAAGGGUCCUGUGGUUGGAUCAAUCAUGAUAAAUUUUGUGCUUUUUAUUGGCAUAAUUGUGAUACUUGUGCAGAAACUCCAGUCACCUGAUAUUGGAGGCAAUGAAUCCAGCAUUUACUUCAUCUUGCUGGAAAGAAAGGAGAAACAUGGCAUAUAUCAUAGCACCCUCCCUCUUCCUUCCAGAUGCAGCUGCAGUCCAUGCACAGGACACAUGCGCAGCUGCGUUCAGAAAUGCUACUGUAAGCCUAAGAGGGCUAACCAGCACUCUUGCAAGAUGUCAGAACUAUCAACCAUUACCCUGAGACUGGCUCGCUCUACGCUACUGCUUAUCCCCUUGUUUGGAAUUCACUACACGGUGUUUGCUUUUUCUCCUGAAAAUGUCAGUAAGCGGGAGAGACUAGUGUUUGAAUUGGGACUGGGAUCUUUCCAGGGUUUUGUUGUUGCUGUUCUCUAUUGUUUCUUGAAUGGGGAGUUUCUCCCUAAAGGUGCAAUCAGAAAUAAAGAGAAAAUGGAGGAGCUGGAAAGUCAACCGGUAUUUUGCUGUGGAUUUCAAACAUCGUCAUCCUUCUCUAGCGAGCAGCGGAGUGAACGGGGGGACACAACUCUCCAUUCUGAGCAAGAGCAGCUCUCAGAUUCGGAUGUCCAGCAUAAAUGCGGAGAAUCUAGCGACAUGAGCAGCUAAGGAAAACAAAACAAUAAACAAGCAAACCAAAAACCACCCCU